CUUUCGCUAUUUCAUUUGUAUUUGAUGUAUAGUAUCAUAAAAUUAUAAAAAUGAAAGGGUUUAUAAUAAUUAUCUUCUUAUAUUCAAAGACUUUAGACGGAAGCAGUAUUUGUGAUAAUAACCCUUGUCGUCCAAACGGAGCAUGUUCAGUUUCAGUAAGCUCCCCAGGCUAUAAGUGUUCCUGUUAUCCUGGUUUUAUACCGCCAAACUGUGACGAUCGUGACGAAUGUUCUAUGGCAUCUAAUUUGUGUCAAAAUGGCACAUGCACGAACAACCCAGGCUCGUAUUCCUGUAUCUGUAACACAGGAUAUACAGGUGUUCAUUGUGAAAAACAGACAGAUCCUUGCUUGUUGAAUCCAUGUGAAAAUGGGGGCACCUGUCAACCAGCGACUGACGGUACAUUCUUGUGCAAAUGUUUUGCUGGAUUCGAUUCAAACUACAACUGUAGAGAUAUCAAUGAAUGUUCGAUAGCUUCUAGUACUUGUCAUAAUGGUACGUGCCAAAAUACUUUAGGUUCUUUUAAGUGUUUGUGUAAUUCCGGGUACCAAGGGGUGCACUGCACGCGAGAUAUCAAUGAAUGCGACAAACAUCCGUGUAACAAUAACAGCGCAUGCGUGAACAAUGCAGGGUCGUAUAAAUGCAUGUGUUAUCGAGGAUAUGGUGGCUCAGAUUGUGUAGACAGGGAUGAAUGUUCUUUGUCAACCAGUAUUUGUAGCCAUGGAACGUGUGUGAAUACACCAGGUUCAUUUAAAUGUGUGUGUCAAAAUGGUUAUAGUGGUCCUAGAUGCAAAGAAGAUAUAAAUGAAUGCUUGAAUUCUCCAUGUAUCAAUGGCUUGUGUGUAAAUACAGAGGGAUCAUUUCAGUGUAAGUGCAACAAUGGUUUUCAAGGAAAACUUUGCGAAGAAAAAAUAAUAGUUACAUCCACAACUGUGAAGUCCACGACUUCUAAACAAACAACUCACAAAGUUUCACUUUUACUGUCUUCAAUAUUUGCUUUUUCAUCAACUUCUCACUUUGAAGCCACAUCUGCUAAAACCAUGAAAACGUCGUUAGUAAGGACUCCUCCAACCUCUACCGUACCUGCGGUUACUUCAAAAACAUUUUUACCAACAUCCGAUAUACAUGCUUCAGUGACUAGUUCUUCAUCUAGCUCAUAUUUGACAGUGUCAAAAGUAUAUUCGCCUCAUUCUGUACAAAAACCUGACAUAACAACUUCACCACUAGGCAAUAGUCAGGUUGCAGACAGCUGGACGAAUAUGCAAACAACCAGAAAUAGUAGUCCAUGGGCACAGAACCAUUGGUAUAUUUUUGUAUUGGUCGGUGUUGUAUUGAUAACAGGAAUAUUAGUAUCUCUGGUUGUGGUCAAGAAAAGACUGCGGAAGGCGUCUGGGUUUACUCGUCUUAACGGUUCACUCGAGGUAACAAGUACUUCGACAGUAAAACAAAUUCAAGCAGAGAAUCCACUGUAUAUGGAGUUCCAUGGACAUGACUCUGGAGCAUCAGAUCUUUAGAAAUAACUGUUUAAUACUUUGUUUUUAACUUCAGUUCGAAUAUAAAGGUCGGCGUCGGGAUUUUCUUGCUUAAAUUUUGUCUAGUUAACAGUUUGCAUGCAGGUUGCAUCUCAAGAUGCAUGGAUUGGAUUCAAACAACAUACAUGCAUUUCCAGAAUUAUACCGAUAGAAAUAUCUAAGUCCCGAGUCUACCCUCUGUAAAGUAAGAACGAUAACCUCUAGUACAUUUAACGUUUUUAUGACUCUAUUUUAUCUCCACAGCUACUUCAAGUUUUCUUUGAAAUUCAGGUCUGAAUUCAGGUCACUCUUUGAGACACAUUUCUUUCCAAUAAAUUUAAUUUUGUUAAAUUAAUCAUCCUUAGGACAUGUUGCCUGUUUUAGUCCCCUGCCACUCACACCGAAAGGGACUAUAGGUUUACCCUCCGUACGUUUGACCGUACGUAAGUAUUGAAUGUAUUUUUAAGAAGCUUGAAAUAAAUCUAGAUUACAGUAAGAGAUUAUGCAUGUCAAUGUUCACUACUCAAGCACCAAAAAUUUGAAAAUGAAUAACCUUGAAUUUAGAAUUUUCAUGAGAAAUGUGUAUUUUGUUUCCUAUAACUUCUUUAUUUUUUGAUGUAUCUACUUAAAACUUCAAGUUUAUCUUCUUUAUAUUCAUUUAAAUCAUAUAUUAGAAGAAUCAACAUGUAGCUUGACGAUUUCUUGAAUUAUGACCCAUUGAAAUUUAUUUGAAAAUUGUUGUUGUUGUUUAAUUUUCUUCUUUGUUACUUUAAAUUGUAUAUAUUUAAAAAUUAUUUCUGUUUUUCAUUUUUUGCCGUUGUUACUAUAAAUUGUAUCUACUAUAGACAUAAGAUAUUUGUUUUUUGUCAUCACACUCGACAUGUAUGAUAAGGUUCAUAAGUCUAGCAUCUUAAUUUCAAGAGUUAUCUCCUCUUUAGUUUAAGAAUUUUGCUUUUAAAAAUGUUAUAUUGUGGUUACAACAAGGCAAGUGUAAAAUUUGCCCUCUGUCUCUUCGUCCGUUCCUAAAAACUGUUUCCUGAUCACUUUGAAAGAACUCAGAACUUUACUAAACAAAUUACUUUAAAUAGAGAAAAGUUGAAACAUUAGAUUAAUCAGUUUCAUCCUUCUGAGAAAAUUGGAUAUUUUGUUUAUCUUUUGUAUAAACAUUAUUUCCUUAUUAGGCAGAGAAACUAAACACAUUAAUAUGAUACAGGUACAAUAAGAACUCUAGUUCAUUCAUGUCACAAUGGCAUAAUUGAAUGACCGUUGCCCUUCAAAAUUGCACUCUGAGGAAAUAUAGAUACAUAUUAAAAGAUAGCCAACAGCAGAAAACCUAAGUGGCAAACGUUAUUCACUUUCGGUUCCAGCAACCGAGUGAGGAUUUAAACUAGCCUAAAAAGUGUUACACAGAUGUAACUUCAACACAUGUAUUUCAUAGUAAAUGAGUAUCCAUUGAAAAUGGCAUUCUUUAUGAUUGUCUGCUAAUUUCAAUCUUAUAUAAUGUCUCAACCAAUACAUGGUUAGAGGGUGAGGGGUAAAUGUAGGAAACAUUUUGUCCUGUCGCUGCACGUUCUAAGAACUCAAAUUAUUCAUUUCGAAGGUCAAAGAAGUUAAACAGGCCAAUAUUAGAACUGUUAAAAUUGUUUUAUGACAAAUGUAUGUCCUUCUCCUUUACUUCACUUGUUUUUUCAGUUAAAACCAACUAAAACAAAACAAAUCUUGACUGGUUUUUUUCUACUAAAUUUUGACUACUAGUAAGAGAAUGUAUUGUUCUAAAUUUGAAAUUUGAUGACAUACAAUGUUCCGCUAUGUCUUUUUCCACUAAGGGUUUGUAGAAAUGAUAUAAUGUCCUCAUUGCAGUCUUGUAUCUCUUAGCAACCCCACUUUUUUCUAUGAUAUAUUGAUUUGCAACUUAUCCGUUUUCCUCUUCGGUAUGACUGACUACCUGUUUCAAUCCUCUAUAUAAAAAGGCAAAGUAAUUUGCCUUUGAUUUAUAAAAUGAUACAAUCAUGUCCGUGAGGAAACAUAUCUCUAUCAUGAGGGUCAAUUAGUUUAAUUAUAUGUUGUAUAGCAUUUUAUUAUAUAAGUGUGUUAUAAAUCGUCUGAAACUACAAAGCCAAGAGAUUAAAUAUUUGGCAUGACUGUGACAUCAAGUUGUGGUCUUUAAACAAAUUAUAUGAAUAAAGCCCCUGGGUCAAAAUUAGCCCCGUCCAACAUCUUUGAUCAUAUUGCAUCUGUUUUUUCUCUAAAAGUAUAAAGUAAGCCCUGUCCUGUGUCAAUGUUUAGGCUAGCAGGAACAUAAAGUUAUAUAAUAUUUAAAUUACAUUUAAGAUAAGAAAACAAUUUGCCCAUAGAAGCUGCUAAAGAAUUUGCAUAAUAUCAAUACACAAACUCUGUAAAUAUAUUACCUUCCUGUAUUUCCUGUGUCAAAUAAUGUAUGUUAUAUAGAUUGUAUAUGCACGCCUUGUAAACCAUAGAGCUACAUCUUUCGGAGGUAUACGAUAAAUUGCCCUGCCACUACUUCCGAGCUAGUUCAUUUCGCCAAAUGUUGUCUUGGCCAUGUUCAUCAUAAAUGAUAAAUCCUUACUCUGACCUUUUAAGAAUAACAACAUAUUUAACUAAUAAAUUGACAUGUGUUCUUUUGUUAUCAAAUAUCUUGUGGUGUAAUUCUUAUUGUGUCCACUUAUCUGAGAAUUAGAACAGAACAGAACAUAAGUUUAUUAAUAAAUCGUGUGCGAACAGCAUAUUGAUUAAACAAUAAUAUUUUACAUGCAUGCAUAAAAGUAUGUAGUUAGAGCAUAUACAAGAAUUGAAUCAAUGCAUAGUUCUAGAUAAAUACAAAGCCUACAUAUAUUGAUAGAUUUGAGAGAUUCGGCUUUGCUAUUUCUAACUAUUCAUAUACAAUUAUGAUAACGAAAAUGUCAAACAUGGUAAUUGUUAUUUCAUAUGACACAGUAUUUGAGUUUAGUAUUUUAAUUUACUUUUUGUAUUUAAGAGAGCCUUUCUUUCUUCAAACGCUUUGGUUAAAUAUUUUGCCAGUCUGUAUAAAAUAUGCACAUCACUGGAU